AUGAAGUCUGUAGACUUUCGCUUGUUUCAUGUCAGCAAACAACUCAAAGUAUGCAAAAGCUGUUGCUUUUUCUGUUUUUCUUUGUGUCUUCUUGUCUUUGUCUUUGUUGGUUCACAUCAAAAGCCUGGCGCUUUUGAUGUGAGUCGCGUGUGUGGUUCCACUGGCGGCAGCUAUCUUAUUUCUAUCAAGAAGCUUUCAGGAAGGGGCGAGCGCUUUCUUAUUUCUAUGCAUAAAACCAGCGAACAGAGGGUAAAGCAACAAGGACAACAGGGAAUCACGCUGCGAGCUUAUUUUAGUCCCAAAGUUUCUUUUUUCUUUCAAUGUUGGAGAAUUUAUUUAGAAUUUUUCAAACCACUGCUUAACGUGCUACUCCCACAUCGAGAUGAUCAUCAUUUUCUUGUAAAAGAAGAUAGACCUAAUUACAUGUUCAACAGAUGAAUCAAAAACGAAAAACAGCAGCUCAAGUUAGAUAGAUACGGAUCAGCAUGCAUCGGCAAUCUGUCG